AUGUCCCAGUCCCAAGCUCAGGCAGUAAUUACCAAGUUCGUCAACGGAUACCUUCUCCGCAAUGGACGUCUUGAGACUGGCGACUUGUGGAUCUCAUCAGAGACAGGUCGUAUACUCAACUCUCAGUCCACAUUCUAUGCGUCGCAUAUCAAGCCCGACGUCACUAUAGAUCUCGGAGGCAAAUUAUUGUCACCAGGCUUGAUCGAUGUCCAGCUCAAUGGCGGCCACGGCUUCGACUUUUCGAUACCAGACGACGACUUUGAGAAGAAGCUCGAAGACACUAACCGCCGUUUCGCCAAAGCUGGCGUGACUUCUUACCUGCCAACUGUCAUCAGCGCCAAUCCGGACGUCUACCAAUCGGGUGCCGAAUCGCUGGGUGCACAUGUGGAGGGACCUUUCCUCGCGCCCUGUCGAAAUGGCAUCCACAACAAAACAGUCCUGCAACACGCCGAGACAUGGUCUGACAUUCAACGUGUGUACGGCGCAGACAACUUGUCGAAUGGCACAGUUCGCAAAGUCACCGCGGCCCCAGAAAUCGCCAACAUGAUCAACCUGAUUCCCGAAUUCACCUCUCGCGGGAUUGUCUUCAGCAUAGGGCACUCCGACGCUGACCUCGCCCAAGCGUCUUCUGCCGUCAUCCAUGGUGCCACCAUGGUCACACACAUGUUCAACGCGAUGCGGCCCUUUGGCCAUCGUGAUCCGGGCAUCUUCGGUCUGCUCGGCUCGGCGCCAUCUCGUCCGUCCACGCCGAUCUCAUCCCGACCGAGCUCGCACCCAUCGUCACCCACUUUACACAGCGCACAGAAGCGUUCCUCGACACCUCGUUCCUCACUCAGUAUCACCUCUUCCAUCUCCGAAGACGACACGAAUGUCCUCUGUGACUCACCAACACUGACAACCCACCUCCAUAAGCCUACGCUACCUGACCGAGCAUCUCUCCGUCCCUACUUCGGCCUCAUCAGCGAUGGUGUCCACCUCUCACCUGCCUCUCUCAAGAUAGCCUACACCUCUUUUCCCGCAGGCGCCAUUCUUGUGACCGAUGCUCUUUCCUUUGCGGGCCUGCCCGACGGCGAGUAUCCUUGGACCAAUGGCACCACCAUCAUCAAGAAAGGACCCGAGAUUCGAGGCAAAGACACGGGCAGACUGGCUGGCGUGGCGAUCAGCCUGAUUGAAUGUGUCAACAACUUCCGCAGGUUCACAGGAGUGCCUGUAGGCGAAGCAUUGGAGACUGUCACCAGUCGACCAGCCCGAAUGUUAGGAGUGGAGGACAGGAAAGGUGGCCUGGAGGCCGGCAUGGAUGCAGAUCUGAUCGUCCUUGGCGGUCUUGGUGAGGGUGCUGAGCUAGACGGUGAAGGUGAUCUGAGGGUAGAGGCUGUGUGGAAGUUUGGUGUCAGGCUCUCCUAA